GGGACGCAGCAUGGCCUCCCGGGAGCCGCCGCCCGCCACCACCUACGCCCCUCCGGAGGUGCCCGCGGGGGCCGCCUUCUUCCUCACCAUCCCCUUCGCCUUCCAGCUGCCCGAGCUGGCCUUCGGGUUCUGGGUGUGGGUGCUGGUGGCCGCCACGCAGGUGUCGCAGCCGCUGCUGCAAGGCUGGGUGCUGUACGUGUCGCUCAGCUCCUUCCUCAUCUCCCUCCUCCUCCUGCUGUCCUACCUGCUCGGAGUCUACAAGCGAUUCGAGUCCUGGAGGGUCCUGGACAGCCUGUACCACGGGGCCACCGGCAUCCUGUACAUGAGCGCCGCCGUCCUGCAGGUGCACGCCACCAUCGUGUCCGAGCACGGGGACCUGGAGCACUACUACAUCAACACGGCGGCCUCGUUCUUUGCCUUCAUCACCACGCUGCUCUACAUCCUCCACGCCUUCAGCAUCUACUACCACUGACGCCUGGGUGCAGCCGGCGAGCGCCCCGAAGCAGCCUUCAUCCUUGGCCAGCCGCCCGGCCCACGGACCUCCCCUGCGGCAGGGGAGCAGCAGGUCAUCUUUCCGGAAUGUUCCAUGAGAUCUGCCGUGACACUUUGCUUUGAUGAACGCCAGAGUCCUGCCUUCCUUUCUGCUUCCCCCUGGGGAAGUGACUGUCGCUUGGGCUUUUCUGA